CACAUCCACGUGAUGUCUGCUGUCAUCUUCAACAUCAUUCUUCUCUCUCUACUGGCUGCCGGGACAGACGGCCAGUGCGCCGCCCACAAGCACACCGAACACGAAACUCUCCUCACUCCCAUAUUCUUCAAAAGCUAUGAAGUGAAGGACAAGAACUUUACAUACUAUGUUGCAGUGUGUAGCCAAGCGACGCCUAAAGACUGCAAUAGCAACAGCAAUCUUGUAAACGCGGCGGUUGUGCAGAAAGACAAGAAAAAAAAUUGCUACAAUUUGGGCAAGAACAGCAGCGUGCAGAUUGCGAAGAGCGAGGACUGGCUGGAGCUGCUUUACACACAGGGAGAUACCUAUCAACAUCAUUGUAAUGGAUUGAAACGGAAGACGAGGAUAAUGUUUGUGUGUAACCCGGAUGUCAAGGGCCAUGGAAAGCCCAUAUUCUUGGAGGAAAACAGAGAAGACCAAGAGUGUUCGUAUCUGUUUGAAUGGUCAACCGACUUGGUUUGCUCAUCGCGUAGCAGCAAAGGACUGAGUGUAGGAUCCAUUGUUUUGAUUGUGGUUUUCAGUGUGGCUGUUGCAUAUCUUCUUCUUGGUUUUCUCUACAAACGAUUUGUUGUUGGAGCGAAGGGAAUUGAACAAACUCCUAAUCUGGAAUUCUGGAAGAAAGUUGGCGUUCUUUCUGCUGAUGGUUGUGAUUUUGUAUGUCGUUGUGCUGAUCGCGUUCAACCUGUUGAAUAUAAGUUGAAUGACAAUCAACUGCAGCUGGAUGACGACGACGACGAUGACGACGAAAAGGACGAUACACUGUUGCCAAUGUAACAACAAACAACAUAGGCAACAGAAUAGUUAAUAACCUAGUAGCGCGCGUUCUCAAGAGUCACAAUACAUGCAU